CAAAAAUCGUGAACAAGGUUCCUGUUGAUGUCGAUGAAGCUCCGCCCCAUUCUAUGUGAUUGAUGGUGACCCUACCCGUGCAAGACAAGUGAUAGUCGCAUAAAUAUACCCCCCCGGCGAAAAUGACUGAGAAUUUGGAAAUCCGACAGAAUUCACUGCAGAAAAACGCGAGAGCCGCGACUGGCCUAUCAAAGGACCAGUUUGUAUACAUACUGCCGUUCCUGGGGACAACUAUCGAGAACGCGGGUUGCUGCAAUGAAAGUCACGAGAAAAGAGAGAGAGUACCAACACACCGAAGCAGCAGGAAAAACUGGGGGACGAAAGGGAGACGAGUAGAAGGGCGGAAGGGGAGCAUUGAAGUGAGUCGGCGUGUGCGAACUAGGAUAGGUCUUCUCAGCGACGACUCGAGUGAGUCUACUGAAGCUGAGCGUGGUCUAGCCUUGACGAAUGUCAAGGAUUCCUCCGGCGAUCUCGGUAAGACGGCGCUCGUCGAGAUGCAGGCUAGCGGAUACGUGCAAAGUCGUAUGGGAGCGGCUUUUGAAGUGCGGUCUCACACAAGGAAGCUUGUUAGGCUUAGAUGA